UUUAAGCGUGUGAUAUACAGAGUACUUGACAAAUACGGCGUACAAGAAAUACGGAGUAAGCUGUAUUCGGCGAUUCGCGGCUCGAUUAACGAGUUUAGCCAGGUCAUGAAUGCAUCGUCCUUCCCUAAUCCUUCAACUCCGGCAUUGUGCAAGAAGCGAAUCUCCUUUGCAAGGCAAGAAGCUCCACGCCCAGAUACUAAAGACCGGCCUGGACAAGUGUUCUUCCCCCUCUUUUCCCAAUGGUCUCAUUAAUAUGUAUGGGAAAUGUCUCCUACUCAAAGACGCCUGUCAGGUGUUCGAUGGAAUGUGCCAUAGGGACUUAGCUUCAUGGGCAUCUAUCUUCACCGCCCACAACCUUUCUUGCCUUCCACUAUCCACACUUUCAAUCUUCCCAAACAUGUCACUCCUCGACGGCCUUCACCCUGACCAUUUUGUUUUUGCCAGCCUGGUUAAGGCUUGUGCUGACCUCACUGCUCUGAGAAUAGGGAAACAAGUGCACGGGCAGUUAAUCAUGUCACGGUUUUCCCACGAUGAUGUCGUGAAGUCUUCCCUUGUUGACAUGUACAAUAAGUGUGAGGCCAUUGAUCACGCCCGAGCAGUUUUUGACUCUAUUUCUCACAAGAAUCCUAUUUCGUCAGCUGCUAUGAUAUCUGGGUAUGCACGAAAUGGGAUGUGGUGUGAAGCUGAGGAACUUUUUCGCUCCUCUCCUGUGAAGACUAUAUCCACUUGGACUGCUUUGAUAUCUGGAAUGGUACAAAGCUGUGAUUUUAUCAAGGCAUAUACUCUUUUUACCGAAAUGAGAAAAGAAGGCGUUGAUAUUUCAGAUCCAUAUAUCCUUUCAAGUUUAAUUGGAGCUUCUUCUAGUCUGGCAUCCUUGGAUCUUGGUAAACAGAUCCAUUGCUUGGUCAUUGUUUUUGGUUAUGAGUCGAGCUUGUUCGUCGGUAACACACUUGUGGAUAUGUAUUCCAAGUGUUCAGAUUUAUUGACAUCGAAAUUUAUAUUUGAUCAUAUGGAGAUGCGGGACGUUGUCUCUUGGACAUCGAUAAUAGUUGCCAUGGCACAACACGGUAAAGCACAUGAUGCUUUGUCAUUGUACGACAAUAUGGUUUUGGAGGGCUUCAAGCCAAACAAAGUCACUUUCACGGGACUAAUCUAUGCUUGUAGUCACUUUGGCUUGGUUGAGAGAGGCCGCCAGCUUUUCAAGUCCAUGACUGAGGAUUAUGGUUUGAGUCCCUCAUUGCAGCAUUACACAUGUUUGUUAGAUCUCUUGAGUAGAUCGGGGCUUCUACAUGAUGCGGAAGAUCUGCUCAACAAGAUGCCAUUUGUACCUGAUGAAGCUGCUUGGGUUGCUCUGCUGAGUGCUUGCAAGAGGCAUGGUGAUAGUGAGAUGGGGAUGAGAGUUGCCAACCGCAUUCUGAGUCUUGGGCCCACCGAAGCUUCUACUUGUGUUUUGCUGUCUACUGUUUAUGCUGGGGAGAGCAUGUGGGAGAAUGUGUCCAAAUUGAGGGAGAUCAUGGCGAGUAUGGAGGUUAAGAAAGAGCCGGCUUAUAGUUGUGUUGAUUUGAGUGGCGAAUAAUGAUAUAUUAGCUAGAUGGUAGCUAAUCAACAAGAUUACCUCUGAUUCAACGUUUAUUUGAGAUCAACAGUGUCACUGAGCAGCUGAAUUUUAUGAUCUCGACAUUGUUACUACAUGACAGAAAACAUUUAGAGGCAAUGCUGUUUUUUCGGCUGCAUAAUGCUUCUUACAGGUGACUUUUAGGGGCACAGAAAGUCACGUUUUUUCACUGGGAGUGGUUGAGCCGGCAAUUUUUGGUGUUUGCGGGACUGCUAGAGACAAGCUCUGCCACUAAGCAGAAUACUUCCUCGGUAGUUUCAAGCAACGCAGAUACACCAACUCAGUGGGAAUUUCAUUCUGCUUAUUACUUCCAGGUUUUUGAACUCAUUUUUUAAAUGCUUCUGUUGCAGGUUCCAAGCUAUCGCCUUUUCGUUGAAAUGUAGGAUGUUACCAUGUUUAUUGCAUGAUCAAUUGCUGUAUACCUUAUGUUUUAUAUAACAACGCUCAACUUUACAGUGGCAUAUUUUAACAAUUUGUUUUGUUGGGGUGAAAUAAGAAAUAGAGGAGAAGCGAGAAACUUCUCUUGUUUGGUGACAAGCGAAAUGGAUUAUGUGACCCUUGCAAAUAGUAAAAAUGGGAAUAAGCUCGUGGGGCCAGUUGAGGCCAAGCUUUGAUCAACUCGUGGGUCUGGUACUCUGGUUCUUCGACAUUGAUGGCUUUCUGACCUGAAAAUGCUAAAUGAGAUCCUUGGUGUGGUUUCAACUCUGUCUUCGUACUUCCAGAGUGCCAGAGUGGUAAGUGGUUCAUUGAGGCAGGACUUUCAGGUCUGCAUGAUAUUGCGGAGUGCAGCUUCACUCUGGCAAUCAAACUAGUAAAAAUCAAUAAGAUAUGUGGAAUUGUACAAUCUACAGGUUUUGUAAAUGCACCAUUAGAUUAUGUAGACUAGUUAAGAAAGAGCCUGUUUGACAAGAAGCUUUUCCCCUUAUCAAUUUUGAAAAGUUACUUCAACAAACUAUGAUUUGUCCCAAGUAAAAGCUUCUGGAUUGGAUAAGUUUGAGGAGCGGUAUGCUAAGAAAGCCCUACGACAACUCUGAAUCUUGAUACAAAGUGAAAAGUUGAACACUUGAACUGCAAGAGAGGAAUAUUCUGGUCAGUCUGGACUGACCAGAACUGCCGUGCGACCAAGCCCGGGCCUUUUUGAUCGAGUUUUUUGAUGAAAUUUUGUAAGCAUGUUCUUCGUGAAAUGUAGAACAUUCAUACAAAAUUUCAUCAGAAAUUUCAAUCAGGAUGUCAAUUAAAUAUAGGGAAAAUAAAUUAAAUAUCUCAAACUUUGAAGGGUUGUGAUGUAAGCACCCCAAACUUGCACAUGCAAUAUGUAUACCCCAAUCUUUAAAUAAAAAGUUAUGUUAGCAUCAUAAUCAUAUUUUUUUUCACAAAUGUAA